AUAUAAUCUGACCCAAAGCAUUUGAUUAAAACACAAGUAUCCUGACAUUCAAAAAACUUCCAUUUUCUGUGCAAUUCUCAAAGUUCUCGUUCUUUAUUUUCCUUCAUUAUUUAUAGUUACAUCAUAUUCCUCGAGACUAUGGGUAUCAAAGUGACUCCAUUUAUUCAGGCUACUCGAACCCUAAGGAGGUCUUCAACAACUGGAGGUGUUCCAAAAGGACAUUGCGCAGUAUAUGUAGGAGAGAGCCAGAAGAAGCGAUUCGUUGUGCCAAUAUCAUACCUGAGCCAGCCUUUAUUUCAAGACUUGUUAGCUCAAGCCGAGGAAGAGUUUGGAUUUGAUCAUCCAAUGGGCGGUCUCACAAUACCUUGCAAAGAGGAAGUGUUCAUUGAUCUCACCUCCCGCUUGAGGAGAUUAUGAGUAGGACCAUGGUGCAGAUUCUUCUGCCCAUGAAAUUUUGUAAAGCAAUAGUUUAGAAAUGAGAAAGAUGAGUGAUAGUAGAGAUGUCACUUCCAUUUAAGUGGGACUUGACAAUGAGGGAAACAAUUCCUUGUUUUUACUUAACCAUUUUGUAUAGUAGUAGUAGAAAACAAGGAUUUUCUGCUUGUAAAGUUUGUUAAAAUGACUAACCUCCUGUCAUAUGAAUAUAGCCAAAUUUUAUUCAAGCAAAUUUUUUAAAGUCAGUUGAUUGGAAGACUCAAAAACCUUUUAUAUGUUCAUGUUUCCUACUUCAGUAGACGAAUGUGCCUGACAUUUUGCAUAAUUGUGCUGCUGGCUCUAUUGACACCAACAAUUAAGUACUACUAUAGCUAUUUACAGCUCUUCGACCCUCCUUUCUGUGUCUGUUAAAACUCCUAAAAGUUUAAAAGCUCCAGAUCUCCAGAUGCUUUGUUUUGUGUUUUCUGUCUCAAUUUCUAAAUUCAGCAGCCGAUGACUUCUCUCAGAGAAGCAAGGGAAAUGUUUGUUGCUCUACAAAGAUGAGAAAUUCUGUUUCA